UCUCCUAUUGCAAAAUACUAACAGGGAAUUGCAUUCACCAGAUUAAUCAAACAAGUUUUUUUUUUUAAAUGCUAAUCAAACUAGAGACUUUUUUUCAUUUGGAAGGAUUUUGUUGCUGAGAUUAGAACAUAGAAAAACUAAUUAAAGGAAACAGUAAAAAUAAGAAAUGCAAACUUAGAAGGUGCAAAAUAGAAGCUAUUUACAGAAAUGGGGCCAAUUGUGUAAUUUAGAAAGAAAUUAAGGCGAAUACUAACGAAUAACUGAAAACUACAAGGGCCUUUCAGACAAAAUUAAAAACCGUUAAAUCUAUUCGAAAAAUUCGACCGUUGGGGCCCGUUGCAAGACAUACAUUAUAGCGUAACGGUUAAACAUUCAAAAAAAGAGAACCAAAAAAAAAAAAAAAAGAACUCUCAACUUCCCACUCUCCCAUGUCCACUUUUCUCUCUUGAAAAACUGUAAGAAACUACCAGUUAAAGAGAGAAAGAAAGAAACAGAGCAGCAAACCCCUUCAAAAAAAAAAAGAAAAAAAGAAAAAUUCAGUCAAUCAAUGGGUUGUGUUUCUUCCAAACUCUUCAAAAGAGAACUCCAUCAAGACAUCAUUGUCAACAAUGGCGGCGGUCAUUGUGUUAGCCAUGUUGUUUCUCUUACUUCAUCAACUUAUGGUGCUCUAAAACUCGACAUCAAUGAAAAACUUCAACAACAGCAACAAUGGCAAGGAAAGGAAAACCGUCAAGAAGAAGAACAAGAAGAAGAUGUAGAAGAGGUACCCAUUAAAGAAAUAGUUGUGGAGAGUAAGAAAGUAGAAGAAAGAUCGUCGCCUCCUCGUGAUCAAGAACCAGAGGUUAUUAAUACUUGGGAGCUAAUGGAAGAUCUUGAAGAAGAAGGUGGAGUACACAAGAAAAGCCCUAAAUCAAGGGGUGGUGGUAUUCUGUUUCGUGGGUUUAAAGAUGUUGAUGUCAGGAGUCCAUUGAAGUUCUUGAAUCAGAUCGGAUCUCCAAGAAAGGCUAAAACAUUUGGUGGCAAAGAGAACAAAGUUAGAAGAAUGUCUGAUUUUAGUCCCAGACCGGUCUUUAAAGAAAUUAAUUCAUCAGGAAAGUCUAACAAGGCAGUUAUGAGAUUGAGUUAUCCAAUAAAAGGGUCUUCAAUCAGCACAAGAACAGAAAAUGCUGCUGCUGGUGAUUAUUCUGCGCUUUCUUCAAGGACGAGGAGUUUCAGUCCUCUGUUUGAUCCAGAACUUGUUGCAUUAUAUGAAAGAGAAUUGACUGAGGAAGAAGAGAAAGUCAAGAGGAUUAUUUCUAUAACUCCUAAACCUCAUCAGAAGUUCAAGAAUUCGCUCCAAUUAGAAUCUAUUCUUCAAUCUUUCGAACAAAAAUGUCCACCUGGUGGGGAAAAUGCUGUUGUUCUUUACACCACUACAUUGAGGGGAAUAAGGAAAACAUUUGAGGAUUGUAAUACAGUGAGAUCUAUUAUCGAAUCGCAUCAUAUUCAUAUGCUUGAGAGAGAUAUAUCCAUGGAUUCAGGGCUAAAGGAGGAGCUAAGAAGGCUAAUGGGUACUAAGGUAGUGAAAGUUCCACUUGUGUUUGUUAAAGGGAGGUUAAUUGGAGGUGCUGAUCAAGUGGUGAAGCUGGAAGAGGAAGGAAAACUGAGGAUUUUGUUUGAUGGGAUUCCGAGAGGGCUCGCCGGCGGAUGCGAAGGAUGUGCAGGGGUCAGGUUCGUGAUGUGCAUGGAGUGUAACGGGAGCUGCAAGGUCUUGGAUAAUGAGCAGAAGAAGAUGGUGAAAUGUGGUGGGUGCAAUGAAAAUGGUUUGAUACAAUGCCCCAUUUGUUGCUAAUCUAUAACCAUUUUUUUUAACUUAUUAUUUUAAUUUAUUUUAUUGGUUGCAAGAAUGUGGGCAUUUGCUAGGUUUCAUUAUUGUAUCAACACUUACUCUUACUCUUAAUCGGUUUUGAUUCCACUGUAAGGAAUGGACAGAAUAUGAUCUGGUAUGAUUUUUAUUUGUUCAGGGGUUACUAAAGUGGGUUUUAGGCCCCCUUUUGUAUUUUGAUUUUAGACUGACCUUGUUUUUUCCAAGAAAUGAAUAUUAGUUUGGUAUAUAA